UGGGGCAGAGGCGGCCGGAGCGGCUGAGGGAGCGCGAGCGGCGCGGGGGGGCCCUGUCGGCGACAGCGGCGACAGGAGCGGCGACAGCGACAGCGGCGGGUCCCAGCGCCUCGCAGCCCGGCGCUCCCCCGCUCCCCUCGGUGCCGGGCGGCCCCGGCCCGCGGCGGCGGCGCUGACAGCCCGCCCGGAGCCCCGGGGGCGGCCGCGGCCACCAUGUCGUCCCCCAGCCCGGGCAAGAGGCGGAUGGACACCGACGUGGUCAAGCUGAUUGAGAGCAAACACGAGGUCACAAUCUUAGGAGGACUCAAUGAAUUUGUCGUGAAGUUUUAUGGACCACAAGGAACACCAUAUGAAGGUGGAGUAUGGAAAGUAAGAGUCGACCUUCCUGACAAAUAUCCCUUCAAAUCCCCGUCUAUAGGAUUCAUGAAUAAAAUCUUCCAUCCCAACAUUGACGAAGCGUCAGGAACUGUAUGUCUAGAUGUAAUCAAUCAAACUUGGACAGCUCUCUACGAUCUCACCAAUAUAUUUGAGUCGUUCCUGCCCCAGCUGCUGGCUUAUCCCAAUCCUAUAGAUCCUCUAAAUGGUGACGCUGCAGCCAUGUACCUCCACCGACCAGAAGAGUACAAACAGAAAAUUAAAGAAUACAUCCAGAAAUAUGCAACAGAAGAAGCACUAAAAGAACAGGAAGAAGGCACCGGGGACAGCUCAUCCGAAAGCUCCAUGUCCGACUUCUCGGAAGAUGAGGCUCAGGAUAUGGAAUUGUAGUAGAGGAGGCCACCUGCUUUUCAGAGAGACUCUAAUUUCCUAACCAUGAGAAGCAGACUAUAAUAUUCAUAUUUAAACAAAGCAAUUUUUUUUAUUACUAAACAAGGUUUUUAUGAAUUAUAGCAUUGAUAUAUAUAUAUAUAUAUAUAUAUAUCACCCUUUAGAUCUUGAUUUUCUUGGUCAUUUCCCAAUUCCCGAGGUGCAUAGCGUAUUCCCAACAUUCCAUUUUGGUAGCAAUAUGCAGCCCGGAUGCAUGCAUUGAGAUUCCAUUUGGCCAAGUCAGCUUUGGUGUGCUACCAAACAGCUGCCCUGGGAGGGAGGGAAUUAGCAAAAAUAAAAAAAAAAAAAACCAAACAAAAAACCACAAACAAACGAAAUAAAAAGAGGGAUUUGCUCUCGGAUCGAGGUUUCCUCCGAGUCUAAAACCUUGGGGAUGGUAGAGCUGUGUAGGGAUGGAAGGGGCUCCUCCAGGUCGUGUUUUAGGUGGAGUCACAUUAAAAAAAAAAAAAAAGAGGGAUUUAAGUAAAAAAAAAACCAAUCCAAAGGCUUGGAGCUUCUCAGAGCAUUGAAGCUGGAAAAUGACUUGGAAUUUCAGUCCGUUCUUUCUGUGGACUCCUCCCUGCCCUCCCGAACUGUAGGGACUGACAACCACUGGUGGAUUUCCUCUGGGGACUUUGGAAAAGCUGGAUGUUGUUCCCUUGCUUGGUCUGGAUUAGGAGCUGUUCCCUUGCUGGGAGGGAAGAACCACCCGGAACCCCACGGAUGAUGCUCUUUGGACAGUGCUGGGAUUGACCUGGAGCACAUGGAAAUCAAACUCUUCCCUUGUCCCAGUUUGGAACCUGCUGCCCUUGAAUGGCUUCGAGUUGGCUUUUUUUUUUCGUUUUCUUCUUUCCCCCUCCCUCUUUUGCUCGAAAUCUGGUUCAAACACCUGCCAAGCACUCACCGUGUCCUGGGAGCUCCUCUGACCAGAUGGAUUGGCCUUGCCAGAGCUUCAGAUCCACGGAAUUGUCCCGUUGGCCGAAGUCCACGAAUCCAUCGGCACUGAUUUGAUUUUCUUUUUUUUUUUUUUUUUUUAAUCUUUCCUCCCCCUUCUGCACCAGCUUGGUUCCCAUCUGCUUGUGUGUGUACAACAGGAUAAAAAUUCCUUAAGAGUUAACAAAGAAUAUGAUCUUAGGAAAAAAAAAAAAAAACCACAAAAUUUGAGCUGAAUAAAAAAAAAAAACUAAAAAGCACCAAUUGAGGAAGCAAAUGAAUUAAUGAAUUCACUCUUUGGUUUUUCGUUGGUUGGUUGGUUUUGGUUUUUUGGUGUUUUGUUUUUUUUUUGGUUUUUUUUUUCCAGGAUGUUUGGGAAAUGGAAUGUUGGAUUUCUCCUGGUGUCUUGCAGCAAGCUGAGAGAUUUUUUUUUUUUGUUGUUCCUAGAAAUCUGAUAGAGUAAAUGUCUCCUUGGGAUACUUGAAUUGGGAUAAUUGUGCAUCGCAGAUUCAAACUAAGAUGGAUUUUUAAAGCUGAAUGUUACCUGCUGGUUUUCUUUUGGGGAUUUUUUCAAAGGGGUUUGGGCAAGAUCUUCUCAUUUGUGAUGCGACCUGCAGGAAAAAUCAACCCACCCUGAGCGACUCUGGAGCGGAGUUUUGAAUGUCAGACUGGUACAUUUAUCAUUUGCCCAGAAUUAUUGGGGUUUAUUUCCUUUCCUUUCGAGGCGCCACCGAGUUGGGCGAUUCCAACCCUGUCUCUGAUUCAUAAAGCACAAUCAGGUUCUUUUCUGUUGCUUUGGGGGGGAGAAAACAAAAACUCCAUCAAGUCCCACUUUGCUUUGGCAUGAUUUUCCUGAAUAAAAACCUACCAUGAA